AUGGAAUUAGAGAAACAAAUAUACAAAUUCCACUAUUUCUUAACAUCGUGGAAAUACGCUAGAGUUUCAGCAAAAAUUCUAUUUUUAGGGUUGCUAGGGAUAUCAUUAUUAUUUAUAGGCGUAUACGUAUCUCUUUGCGUCAGACAAGGAGAAAGGAGAUUAGAAUUUUUAUAACAAGACAAUAGUGUAAUUUCUCAAUUUAACGAGAGUGUUGUUUACACAGUAAAUAUAGUAGAUCAUUCAUUCAGCAAUCCCUUAUUACAAAUGAAAUUUUCAUUUAACAAAUAUCUAUUAACACUUAGACAAAACAUUGCAAAAGAUCAUAAUAUAACUUAGGAAAUACUUUUUGUGGAUUCAAACAAUUAUUAAUCAAAUUUUGAUCUAUUUUUUUUAAACUUUGUGGAUAUAGAAACUAUGUUUUUAGUUGAUUUUACAAACUAUUUUACAGACAGUGAGAACGACAUUUUGAUUUAGAAUUUAAAAACAAGAGAAUUGUGGUAUUGGGGAAGGAAUUCUUUGAAAAAUGAUGAAUCUACCUCUUUUUACAUUAAGAUGAUAAGAAAUAUCUUUUUGUGUCAAUAGAUUUUAGUAACCAUAUUUUUUGUCUCCUGCACUUCAUCAAUCAUAAUUCGUCUAUUUUUGUUAUCUGUGCCUGCAUUCUCCUAUAUUAUAAGUACAAAUUAUCCAUUAUAAUUAUAGGGAGCUUACUAUAGCUAAUAUUCAGGUAGGAAUAGGAAUUGAAUAAUCAGGGGAAUCAAGAAAAUUGGAUUGGAAUUUACAUAAGGUUAUUGGAGAGAAAUAACAAAGUUAAAUAUUACAUUAUCUUUGCCUUUUUGACGAUGAUAUUCUUCUACACAGUAAUUUAUAAUCAGGGUCUGGAUUAAGCAACUUAGUUUAUGUUUGGGAAAAGCAUUCCAUUAGGAUUAAAUAUAUAUUUUAUGAUGUAAAAUGGCUGAACAUAUUAGAAUAGUAUUUAUAAAUGAAUUGCAAGGAGUUUUAUUUUUAAGAACAAGAUCUUCAAUUUACUUUGUGCCAAAAUACAUUUGUUGUUACUACAUUACAUAUCUAUAUUAUCUCGAAUAAACAAGUAUAAAUUUAAUUAAGUUUCGGUUAUGGAUUCUAUUAAAUAGGUUUAACAAUAGUGUUUCUAAUGAGUUUGAGUACAUUUGCUGCAUUUUUGUACUUCUUUGAAGUUCCUGCCUUGACUUGGUAAAGAGCGUCUUUUUAUACUCCAACUGAAUAGCGACCAAGAUGUUA